ACAUCAAUUUGGAAGCACACAAGGGAAGCAAAGUGUGGCGUGCAAAAUUUGUUUAGUUUUCAAUUGUUUUUCGCUAUUUACCUAUCCGCGCAUAUUUGAUCUUGGCUUCUGGCCUAAGAAUCUUUCGGAUAUAUAAAGGCCUGCCAAGGCCUGUGUUAUACAUUCACCAUUCUUUCGAAGCACAGAAAUGAAGCUAACCACCUGUCUAUUGGCACUGGUCCUGUUCGCCGGAUUCUUCCUGCUCCAGCCGUCGUCAGCCCAGACCAACUCCACCACAUCCACCAAUACCACAGCCCCGGGGGCAAGCCCUGCUAAUACGACCUCAACCACGCCCAAUUCCGUUCACAGGAAACAUUUUACGAUCCGUAAUGUUCAAUAUAAAAUAGUGCGCAGGAUUCGAGUUAACAAGAAUUAAUGCGGUUUAUAAGCUCAACUUACGAAACUAUUGGCAAUGGAAAAAUAUACCUUAAAGACCUUGAGACACCUAAACACAUUUUUUAUAAUUGGAACUGCACAACCUACAUUUAUAUUUAUAUAUAUUUAUUUUUUGUGUCCGCGAGUAUACCUAUAGAUUUUCUUGUCUUUCUGUUCAUAAGUGUGUUUCUUUAUAAAGCAUUUGGUUUACUUUUUAAGCGACUGUUUUGCUUCUAGAGCAAUAUUGGUAUUGCAUAUUUAUUUAAGUUAGUACACAAAAUUUGGCUGCCAUAGUAAGCCAGAAAUAAAUAUUUACUCCAAUUGGAGCAAUAGACAAAUUCUACUGCCCAUUACUUUUAUUGGUUCGCCGCUUACAGCCAAUAUGUUUAACUAGGUUUAGUAUCUGUGAUUAAAAUAGC